AUGGACUACAUCCACGAGAACACACGGAUGGUGGUGUGCGGAACAGGAGCGGCGAUCGUCGCGACCGUCGUGCUCAGGUGGUUGUUCGACCCACUCAGGCGUAUCCCCACUGUCGGAGGACCUUCUAUCCCGCUUCUGUCUUACAUCGGCGCGUUUAACUUCAUCCGCGAUGCUAUGCGUAUCAUCACGGAAGGGUAUCAGAAGCACCAUGGCAGCGUUUUCAAAGUCGCCCUGUUCGACCAGUGGAUGGUCGUCAUCAGCGGCCGAAGAUGGUCGAAGACCUCUGCAAAAGACCCAAGGACGAGGUGUCAUUCAUCGAAGGAGUCGAAGAGGUACUAUGAUGAUCCGCAGAUUCUACAAACCAAACAUACUAUCGGGAGGGCGUGGCUGGACGAUCCUUAUCUCGUUGACAUCACCAGGGAGAAGCUCACCCGCACGCUGCCCGCAGUUAUGCCAGAUAUCGUCGAGGAGCUUAUGCUCGCGGUCCCAGAGAAUGUCCCCGCACCUCAGAAGGUACGAUAUAGUCCUUGUGUCACGUAUGCAGAGUGGGUAUCAGUACAUGUCAUCAACUCCAUGCGAAAGAUCGUCGCCCGGGUGAGCAACCGUGUUUUCGUCGGAUUCCCUGCCUGUCGCAACGAGGAGUUUUUGGAUCUCAUGAUCAGGUACACAUUCGAUAUCACAUCUGACAACGACCGCAUGAAACCAUUCCCCGGCUUCCUGAAGGGCGUUGUGGGAGGUCUUAUGAGCAACACGCGCAAGACGCAAAGGCGGGCUACAGCCAUCCUCGACCCGAUCAUCAAAGAGCGCCUCGACAAGUUGAAGGAGCUCGGCGACGGCUGGACCGAAAAGCCCAACAACCUGCUCACCUGGAUCCUCGAGAAGGCACUCUUGCGCGAUUCGACGGCGGAGCAGAUCACCCAGCGCGUGCUCCUCGCGAACUUCGCCGCGAUUCAGACGACCUCGAAGAGCGCGACGCACGCGAUCUACCACCUCGCCGCCGCGCCCGCGCUCGCGGACGUGCUCCGCGCCGAGGUCGAGCCGAUCGUCGCCGCGGAGGGCUGGAGCAAGGCCGCGCUCGGGAAGAUGUGGAAGGUGGACAGCCUCCUGCGCGAGUCGCAGCGCAUGAACGGGAUCUCGCUCCUGGCCGCGACGCGCAAGGCGCUCAAGGACAUCACGCUCGCCGACGGGACCUUCAUCCCCGCGGGCACGCUCGUCAACGCGGCCGCGUACCCGGCCCACCGCGAGUCCUCCGUGUACGGCGCGACGGCGGACGAGUUCGACCCCUGGCGGUUCUCGCGCAUGCGCGAGGGCGCCGGCGAGGACUUGAAGCACCAGUACGUGAACACCUCGCCCGAGUACCUCGCCUUCGGGCACGGGCGGCAUGCGUGCCCGGGACGGUUCUUCGCUGGGGGCGAGCUGAAGGCGCUGAUCGCGGUUCUGGUGCUCAACUACGACAUGAAGAUUCCUGGGGACGGCCCGCGGCCGAGCAACGUGCACUUCGCGGAGCACGUCCUGCCGGACCUUACGGCGCACGUUUUGUUCCGGAAGAGGCAGCCGGCGCGGGCUUGA